AUGAUUAAUUACGAAGAUAAUACAAACACAUUUAGAAACCAGAAAGAGAAUCUCACAGAAAACUGUGAAAAAAAUGGAACAUACGAAAAAGGAAUGGAUACAAAUGAAUCCGAAGUGGGUGAUACAAAUGAUGAUAAUACAAAAAACAAAGGAGUUUGGUACAAUGCUAGAACGAAAUGUUGGCUAGCUUGUGUUAAAGGAAGUGGAAGACACCUUCGCGUGUUUUCAGUAAAAAAGCAUGGUUUUAAAAGAGCCAAGAUGCUAGCAGUUGAAUGUAAAAAUUCUACUAUGAUUAAUGCUAACUCUAUUAAUAGUGUGACGACUACUACUCAAGUUGAUGAUAACACUUGCAGAAACAAUAACAGCAGUGAGUCAACUAAUACACAAAGCAAUGAUGAUUACAUGAAAAUUAAAAAUGAGCCAAAGAAUAAUUCUGUUGGUAGAACUAGAAUGCAUAGUUAUAAUGACGCUAGUAGAACACACGAUACAAAGAUAGAAAUGCAAGAAUCGUUAGAUGUAAAGAAUCUAAACACUAUGAAUAACGAAAAUGUAAAUAUAAAUAUAAAUACCAAUGGAACAGAUGAAGGACCAGACCAAAAGAGACGUUACAAUACAAGAAGAGGAAAUUAUAAAUCAAUCGAAGAAUUAAAUAAAAAGGAUGAAAAAAAUUAUAAUAAUGAUGAUGAUGCAUCUAUAUCAAAAACGAGUAAUAAUGGAAGUGUAAGUCCUAGCAACAAUAGAGGACACAGUUCAAAGGGAAAUUAUCAUACCAAAUCAAAUACAGCUUUAAGAGGAAAUAAUAACCUUAAAGGAAAUACUACUAAUAAAAGAAAUAUUUCCCUGAAGGGUAAUAAUGCAGUUAGUCCAAAGAAUGCAAAUAACCAUCUUAAGGAAGUAGGAGAAAUAAGUUUAACAAAAGGAAUACACGGUAAAGGAACUAACACAAAGGGAGGAGGAAAUAAUAACAUCUUUAAGGAACAUCAAAUAAAUGGACAUCAUCAUCACCUUGAGAAUACAAAUUACAGUGCUUUGACUCGGAACUGUCGUAGUUAUCAUGCAACAAAUGAUAGGAGUAGCAAUCUAAACUUAAAUGGAGCCGAAGUGAAAACAUUUUAUGAAGAAAAAAAUCAACACAUGUAUGUACAAAAUGGAAAACGACAAUGUGAACCCAUUAUGGAUACACUAGACAAUUUUCAAACAGAUAUUAGAAAGAAGAAAAAAACAAUUAUUGAUAACUUUAAUUAUCUUGUAAGAAAUGAUAAUACUAAUGUUUCUUACCAUGACACCAAUAGAUAUAAUGAUCAAACUAAUACAAGCAAUCAUGCAACGCAUAUUGCCCAUAAUAUCCGUAACAGCAACAUACAUACCGUGAAUAUUGUGAAAAACGGGCAAAUUUCUCAAAAAUGGAAGAAUGAACAAAUGAAUAAAAUUGGUCAUAAUAAUAACAACUUCCAAAACGUGCACUUGGAUAAAAGCGCCCACAACAAGCAUCAACAUAGUCAUCAGAACAUUCAUCUGCAAAAUCAUCACAACAGUAAUCAACACAAUCAUCAGAACACCCAUUUGCAGAAUCAUCAUAACAAUAAUCAACACAAUCAUCAGAACACGCAUCUGCAAAACCAUCAUAACUUCUCAAACGUCAGUAACCCGUUCAAUGCACGAAAUUAUCAUAACACACGCUCCAGCAACAAUACGUGCAUCAUAACAGACAAAGAUUUUCAGAUAGAUUCACCUGAACAAACAAAUGAGGAAUUUUAUUUUAUAAAGCCAACGACAUAUGACUAUAGCGAAAAUGUACCAAAGCAAAGAAAUAAUAAAAGUACAAAUUAUGAAAAUGAUUAUAAUUUUGUUUUCUCAAAUGAUUGUUAUUCGGAUUAUUGUAAUAAUAACCAGGAGGAUUAUAAGGCAAAUUUUAUUGAUCUUACAAGGGAAGCCCUAUCUUUAAUUUUACAGGAUUUAAAAAAAAAUGUUAUACCAAAAAUACCAGUAGGAAUUGAAAAAAGGGAGAGAUAUACAAAUUCUUUGCGAUUAUGUUUGAAAAGUGCAAAGUUUACCAAACACAUUAAUGAAUUAGAACCGUAUCUGGAAUUAUUUAGUGAGUGUAUAAAGAAUAGCAAGCUCCCGAGUCAUAUGGAUUUAAAGGACCAGCUUUUUUAUUUGGACAAACUGUGA